AUUCUGAAAUAUUUGUGCAUUUGAGUGAAAUACAUUUUUGUGUCAUUAUUCGACGACCAUACAAAGUGAACAGUUUUUGGUGAUUUUUUUCUUUUCAAAACGGUUUAUUUUACGCUAUUUCUGACGGGGGAGAGAAACAAAAAAACGUAAAAAAAUCAAAACAAAAGUGAUACAAUAGAUGGAAGAAGAAAGAAGUAGAAAAGUAAAUGCAUAAAUGACAAAUCGAGUGAGUAACUUCUGUGAGACCGAAAUUGAACAGUGGUGAUAUGCCUGCAGCAACAAUGUUUUCUAAGUUCAAAAGCGGAACAGCUACACCACAUCAAAAUCCAAUAGAUAGCAAUCCGAUAGUUCAACAUUUUGAAAUUAGCAAACAAACUGCAUGCGCGGGACCCGAACUUGUCUGGAAAAUUCAUGAUGGAUUCAAAAAAAGCGAUGGACGCGAAUGUUCGAUAUUUAUAUUUGAGAAGCGUUGCGCCGAAAAACUUCACAAGCCAAAGCGAAAAGAGACCGUAACGGAGAUUUUACGAAAUUCGAUUAAGCAGCUGGAACGAUUCAGACAUCCAAAGAUUCUACAAAUUAUUCAUCCGGUCGAAGAGUGUUCCGAAACAUUAGCGUUUGCAACCGAGCCCGUAUUUGCGAGCUUGGCAAAUAUACUUGCAUAUCAGGAAUCAUGUAGUACGAUUCAAACUGGGCCUCCAAGUACCGGAGCAUCACACAUACAGCCGCCGGGUCAACAACAACGGCCGGCACACGCAAAAGAAUAUUCAUUUCUUGACAUUGAACUGCGAUAUGGAUUGUUACAGAUUACAGAAGCUCUAACAUUUUUGCAUUAUUCGGGCCAUAUCAUUCAUCGAAAUGUUUGUCCAUCAUCAAUUCUGGUGACAAAGAAGGGCACAUGGAAACUAGCUGGAUUAGAGUUCACUGAACGAGUUAAUGAAACCGACCCUGUUGAACCUGUGCCAUGUCAGCCAUGGAGCUCACGUGCAUCGAAAAUGACUCAACCCAAUUUGGACUAUAUGCCUCCUGAAAUUCAACUAUUUUCCAACUGUUCUAUAUUGAGCGAUAUGUUUUCGCUCGGGCUGGUUAUGUGCUCGAUAUUUAAUCAAGGCCAUGCACUGAUUCAGGCCAACAAUUCUGCUUCAACAUAUUUAAAGCAAUUGGAAGCGUUGCCCGAUUCCGUUCAAAAGAUGCUUCCCCGUGUUCCAGUACCACUGCAAGAAGCUGUGUCUCGCCUCACAAGUAAAGAACCUGCAUCACGACCAACCGCUCAACUCCUGCAAUUGAUCAAAUACUUUGGCGACACACUAUUGCAUGUGCUGCAAUUUUUAGACGUAAUAAAUAUGAAGGAUCCCACACAAAAGGCGCACUUUUACAGAACAACAUUGCGUGAAGCGUUGCCAUUUAUACCGCGGAAACUGUGGUGGCAGCAUAUUUGGCCGUGUCUACAACAUGAAAUACGACUGGGCGAGGUGUUGGCAGCCGUUUUGCAGCCAGCAUUAUCGUUAGUGGCUGAAGCAACACAAAAUGAAUAUGAAAGUUUUUUGUUGCCUACAUUCAGAGUGGUUUUUGCGGCACCAAAGUCAAUCCAGGCAACUGUAACUAUAUUGGAAAAUCUGCAUAUCAUUUUGGAAAAGACUCCACAGGAUGACAUACGAUCCGAGAUUUUGCCAUUAUUAUUCAAUGCUUUCGAAAGUUCAACCAUUCAAGUGCAGGGAGCGGCAUUGGUUGCUGUUUCCAAUGUGUAUGAGUGGUUAGAUGAGAUGUCGAUUCGUAAAAUGGUGUUGCCAAAAAUCAAAAUUGUUUUCGAGAAAAACCAUAACGACUUUAAGAUUGUAGCGAAUGUAUUGCAAUGCAUCGAACGAACAUUAGACAAACUGGAUAAAUCACAGAUUAUCGAUGAGGUAUUGCCGUUGUUGUGGGAAGUUCGACUGUCCGAUCCAGAUAUUAUUCUUCGUGUUGUUCAUAUCUAUCGAAUAAUGUUAAGCGACAAAAAAUACGGGCUUUCGGUGAAUAUAAUGGCAACGAGAGUGAUGCCGUCACUAUUGCCACAAACGGUGAAUCCGCAAUUGAAUUUGGAGCAAUUUACGAUUUUAUUGGAAACACUACAAGAAAUGUUGGACCACAUCGAUCGACAACAACGCAAUAAAUUGAAGCUGGAUAAUUUGUCGAUACCGUCACCAGAGCGGCAUCGUCCAUUGAGGCAUCAGUUUUCGUCAGAUAAUAUGCACGUUCCACCAUUCAAUAUACCCAAUUUACGCAUUGACCAGCGCAAAACAUCGUCAGCUGAGGAUAUGGCACGCAAAAAUUCAACAGGUUCGGGUGUCCUUGGCGGUUGGUGGUUUGGCAAUUCACCAUCAUCACCGGAUAGCAAUUUUCUGCGAGUUGCAAAUGCAUUUCCGAAUCGUCGUCUAUCUGAUAAUACACUGAUGACCCCAAAAAUUCGUAUCGCACCAUCGUGUGCAUCGAGCCCGGGUGGCACUCCAGGUGGCAGUGGCCUACCAAUUCGACGUCACAGCAGCAUUGGGCCCCAGGAGCGUCGCGGAUCAGCUAUCAAUCUAUCACCUCCAACGGGAUAUACUACUGCCUUCAGCGCUCGUGGUAACUCUGGAUCGAGUCUUUCUGUGCCUUCUUCUUCUGCAUAUCAUGUACUUGCACGAAAUAUGAUAGGAGGUUCCAUGCCCAAUACAUCAUCGAGUGUUCCAUUUUUAUUAUCGAGUAGCAUGCAGUCGAUUCGUUCACGCCGUACAUCAACGUGCUUGUCAUCGGGGCCAUUGGGAUCGGGAAGUGGCCUGUUGCAAUCUCUUGGAUCUGGCAUGGUAAGACUAACCUCUGCUUCUGGCAUAUCAAGUCCAGUGCAUCACCAAUAUAAUGGCAAUAUAAUGAAUAGUAGUAGUAACAAUACUAGUAUCAAUAAUUUGAAUUAUGGUGGCCUGCCGCCGGCCAAUAACAAUCGUGGCAACAAUUACGUUAGGAAAUGUCCAUCGCUCAAUAUCACAUUCAGCACACAUUGAUUAGUGCUUCACAUACACCACCUCGCCACCGCCGCUUCAUGGGCGUAUUCACGUUGCACAUAGCCGACCAGUUACAAUAUUAUGGCGAGUUAAUUCUGCUGCGGAGGGUAAAAACAAAUACAAAACUCAAUGCACAUCAUUUCACCAACUCUUUCGCCCAAUUCGAUGUGCAAUACAUUUCUUGUUUUCAGCCAAAUUUUUGCUUACGUUUCAUGAUACAAUUUCCCAUGCGAGAAACAAAUAGAACAACAUUUUCAUCUUUCAAAAGUCAUUCGACUUACUGGAAAAAUUGUCGCUAGACAAUUGUCUACCGAUUUGGGAAUUUUAUCCCGAAAUAAAAACGUAUGGCACACCAUAAAAUACUUACCUUAGAACGUUGGCAUUCGCGAUGGAGUACGCUAUCAAUUAUACAAAAUGCUAAUAAUACCAAA